CAUGUAAGUGUUUGCGAAGCCACAAGCCCACAAACCCACACAUAUUAAAGACCGUCACGUAACCGUGUAUCUUUAAUCGUGGUUAAAAAAUUAUCAUUUUUUAUUUUUAUCAUUGAUCAUUACUCAUUACUAGCGAAACCACUUGCCGCUAUAGAUACCUACGUCAAAACUCAGGUGUCAGCUAGUGAGAACAAAUUGUUAAAAUGCCAACAACCCGUUACACACAUGCAGUAGUUAACCGUUUACCACGGUCGCUAAAAGACCGGCAACCGACGUUGGACUACGAUCGAGCGAAACGGCAACAUGAAAACUAUGUUCAAGCCCUGCGAGACAUUGGUCUUGACGUGAUCGAAAUGCCAGCAGACGAAGAUACACCUUGGUGUGCUUUCGUUGACGACACCGCAUUUGUGUGCAAUGGUACGGCGAUCAUCACAAAGCCUGCUGAGCCCGAGAGAGCAAAAGAAGUUGAAGCAAUAAGAGCGGUGUUGAAGAAAGAAAUUGGUUUGCCUAUUGUUGAGGUUUCUGAUAAAUCUGCAAAAUUACAUGGAAGCGAUAUAUUAUUUACAGGUCGAGAAUUCUUCAUUGGAAUAACAAAAUGGACUAAUGAAUCAGGAGCAUGUGCAGUUGCAUCUGCUUUUCCCGAAUAUCCUUGUACUCCAAUCAAGGUUACAGAAAACAAACAUCUAAAAACAAUUGUGUCAAUGGCAGGACCAGAUCUUAUGUGUGUGGGCUCAAGUGAUUCUUCAAAAAAUGUUUUGAAGAGACUAGAAAGAGAAGCUACAUAUAGCUACCAAAUUCUUACAUUACCUGAAGAUGAAGCUGCCAAUGUUAUGUACAUUAAUGGUACAUUAUUACACCGGUCAGCCAAAGAAAUACCAUUAUCAUUCAAUGUUUUAGCGGAGAAAAUAACUGACUUUACUCUACAAUCAGUAGAUAUUUCUGAACUUUUAAAAUGUGAAGGAGCCAACUUAAAUUCAUGUUGUCUUUUAGUUAGACGUAUAAAACAUAUUCGAAGCUUGUAAUUUAUUAUCAUGUUAUACAAUUCAUUCCCUUACAUCAGUAUUAUAUACAACACUUAUCAUGACCAAGUUAUUUAUUUACACACUCACACACACAAACAUUGCGUUCUAAAUUCUAAUACUCAUUAGUUAUUAUUAUAUUUCAUGACAGCUUUAAAAAAUAUGUAUGUGUACUAAAAUUAUUCUUAACA